AUGAAAAAGGCUAAAAGCUUGCUUAAGAAGCAUCCGACGUCAUUAGCAAAGCCUCAUAAAACCUUGUUUGGCAAAAAGUUCUACAAGGCUCUCCACAAGGCCACACAAUUGAGAAAGUCUUCAAAAGAGAUUUCUCACCAUAUUACUGGCCCCCCUCACCAGAAAAUUCAAAAGAAUGGUGCCAAUAGAAAUGUUGUCAUGAAAUACCAACCCUUUCGCCAAGGGCCCUCAUUUCAGAGCCGAGGUGGGGGCCGACCUACUCAGUUCCGGGGCAGAGAAAGUGGCUACAGAGGCAGUGGUUACAGAGGAGACAAAGGAUAUCCUUUUAAAGGCAAGUCCUUGCUCAUUACAUUCGAGGUCAAGCGGAGAUCACCCGAAUCACACCUGUCACCUCUCAGACCAGGUUCUGGGCAUUCCACAACAGACUGUUCAGCUGAACAUCCAUCCUGCCUUGAAAAAUCUAGGGCUAGAUACAUCAAUUUCACACUUGCCUCUACCCCUUGCAGGGAGACUCCAGUAUUUCCAGAAAAAUUGGGAAUGUCUAACUGGGGAUCAGUUUAUUCUGCAGAUAGUCUCGGGGGUCAAAAUACCAUUUCUGGAAACCCCUGUUCAAAACAGACAUCCAGUUCCCCACACUCAUACCCAGUUAGAAAAGGAAAAAAUCAAGCAGGAAGUUGUGGCAAUGCUGCAGAAGGAAGCGUUUCAGGUGGUCUCUCCACGCAAAGAGGACUUUCUCAGUCCAAUAUUUUUAGUACCGAAGAAGGAUGGGGGGAGCAGGCCUGUGCUCAAUUUGAAAGAGUUGAAUUCACACAUCGCAUACCAGCACUACAAAAUGGAGGGUCUGCACCUCCUCAAACAACUUGUUCAAAACAAGGAUUACAUGAUCAAAAUCGACCUCAAGGAUGCUUAUUUUUCAGUACCCAUGAGCAAACAACAUCGACGUUUCCUAAUGUUCACCUGGGGGGAAGAACUGUAUCAAUUCACUUGCCUUCGCUUUGGGUUAGCACCAGCUCCUCUAUUGUUCACAAAGCUGUUGAAGCCAGUAGUGUCGCUUUUGCGUCGCCUGGGUUUGAGGAUGAUAAUUUAUCUAGACGACAUAAUUGUUUUGAACCAAAUUCAGGAAGGCAUAUUAAGGGACAGGGACUCAGUCCUGUGGCUUCUGCAGAACUUGGGUUUUGUGAUCAACUGGGAAAAGUCGGUGCUACAACCCUCCCAUACCAUGGAGUAUCUAGGAUUUGUGAUAAAUUCUCUAGAGAUGAAGCUGUCAUUACCAGAAACCAAAAUGAAUCAUCUUGUGCAAUCUUGCCGAUAUCUGAUUCAACAACAGGUGUCCUCGGUCAGAACAAUAGCAAAGGUGAUAGGGAAGCUGACAUCCUCCAUGCAGGCAUUUUUCCCAGCACCCUUGCACUAUCGACACCUGCAACGGUUACAAAUCAAAGGUCUGUUGACGGGAAAAUCCUACGAGACGAUGGUCUCACUCGAUCAGAACUGUCGCAACGACCUUCAAUGGUGGAUCGAUCAGAUCUCCAUCUGGAAUGGUCGAGCAAUAAUUGCUCCUGCCCCAGAUCUG